AUGAAUUUUUCUGGACAAUCUCUCUCGUGGUGUAAUGGUCAUGUAGGUUUAUCUAGGAGCUGGGCCCGUUUAGAUUGCAUGCUCUUGAAUGUUACAGCUUUGAACCUCUUCCCUGAUGCGCAUAUGAAAUAUCUUCACAGGUCUUCUUCAGAUCAUGCACCUUUGCAGGUUUUUUUGGAAGCAAAAAGGGAGCCAUAUGGGUUCCGCCCAUUUAAAUUUCAGCAGAUGUGGGUUUCUCAUGAUCAAUUCUUGAGUUGUGUUUCUCAAGCUUUCCAUGGUGACGAGGGAAGGGGCUCGAAGUUGGAAACUCUUGUGAUGAAGCUGAAAUGUGUGAAGCCUGCUUUGUGUAUAUGGAAUAAGCAGGUGUUUGGAAGAACAGAUAGGCAUAUUGUGGAUCUUGAGGACCGGAUAAGGGGUUUAGAGGAGAGUUUGCAAAAUGCUUAUUCUGAGGAUGCGGAAACCAAACUUGUUGUUUCUCAGGUUGAGCUUUCCAUUUGGAUUGAUAGAGAAGAGCAAAGAUUAUCCCAACAGGCAAAGCAAUCUUGGAUUCAAAAAGGGAAAGAAAGUGCUAAAUUUUUCUAUGCGGUCAUUCGUCGUAAUCAGAAAGAGGUCAAGAUAAUGCAACUGGAAGAUGGAUCUUGUCUUACUUCUCCGGAACAGAUUCAUGAGGGGGAAGUUCAUGACGCCAUGAUGUCUAUCUCGAUUGAUAGUAGCCCUGGUCCUAAUGGGUUUGGUUGGGGUUUUUACAGAUCUUGCUGGCAUAUUGUGGGCUCUGAUUUAGUUGAUGCAGUGGUUGAGUUUUUUCGAGCCAAACUGAUAUCUCCCGAACAAGGUGCUUUCACUCCAAGCCGGAGUAUUUUUGAGAACAUUAGUUUGAUGCAAGAAAUGAUCCACUCUAUUAAUAUGCCAAAUUUUGGUGGGAAUGUUGUUAUGAAGAUUAAUAUGGCGAAGGCGUAUGAUAGUAUUGACUGGGGUUUUCUUCUGCAUACACCACAAAUGGUUCUUCAAAAAAUUCAAAGGAUGCUGUGUAAUUUAUUUUGGGGAACUACUGAUGGGAAGCCUAAGAGAAAAUGGUGCUUCUGGGAUGCUAUCUGUAAACCAAUUUCAGAAGGUGGAUUAGGCGUCCGUAAUUUACGUCAGGAAAAAACAGAGGAGGUGCUUGAGCAGUUGGGAAGUGUCAAAGUUGGGAAAGAUCGAAUACUUUGGUUGUCGAAUUCUGAUGGAAUGUUCACGACACAGAGUGCUUGGAACUGCGUAAGAAUUAAGGGGCAUACAUUUCCAUAG